UCAGGCCAGGUGGUCAGGACGGGUCAGGGCGACCUGAGGUGCGGAGAGAUGGGCGGAACUCGAGCAGCCGGAUUGCUGACUACCACAGGCUGACUUCACCCGUGGAAGGAUUUCCCCUCCCACCCUGCGUUCCGGCUCCAGUCGAGAUGGCGGCGCCCAGGGUGGUGGUGGAGCCCGCGGGCCGCGUGUGCUGGGACGAGCCGGUGCGCAUCGCCGUGCACGGCCUGGCCCCCGAGCAGCCCGUGGCGCUGCGCGCGUCCCUGCGCGACGAGAAGGGCGCGCUCUUCCGGGCCCACGCGCGCUACCGCGCCGACGCCCGCGGCCAGCUGGACCUGCAGCGCGCGCCCGCGCUGGGCGGCAGCUUCGCGGGGCUCGAGCCCAUGGGGCUCGUCUGGGCCCUGCAGCCCGACAGGCCCUUCUGGCGCUUGCUCAAGCGGGACGUGCAGACGCCCUUGCUGCUGGAGCUGGAGGUGCUGGACGGCCGCGAGCCCGCCGGGCCCGGCGAGCCCGAGGGCGGGCGCGUGCUGGCGCGGGCGGUGCACGAGCGGCACUUCAUGGCGGCCGGGGUGCGGCGGGGGCCGGUGCGCGAGGGCCGGGUGCGGGCCACCCUCUUCCUGCCGCCAGGUUCUGGACCCUUCCCUGGGAUCAUAGACCUGUAUGGAGUUGGAGGAGGCCUUCUGGAGUAUCGAGCAAGUCUGCUGGCUGGGAAAGGUUUUGCUGUGAUGGCGCUGGCUUAUUACAACUAUGAUGAUCUCCCCAAGAAUAUGAAGAUUCUCCACCUGGAGUACUUUGAAGAAGCUGUGAGCUACCUGCUCAGGCACCCUCAGGUAAAAGGCCCAGGAAUUGGGCUGCUUGGGCUUUCCAAAGGGGGCGAACUCUGCCUCUCUAUGGCCUCUUUCCUGAAGGGCAUCACCACUGCUGUCAUCAUCAAUGGCUCUGUGGCCAAUUCUGUAGGAACCCUGUGCUACAAAGAUGAGACUUUGCCCCCUGUGGGCAUUAACCUAAAUCGAGUAAAGAUGACCAAAGAUGGCAUCGUGGAUGCUGUGGAUAUCAUAAUGAGUCCUUUGGAAGGACCUGGCCAGAAGAGCUUCAUUCCCGUGGAAAGGUCUGACACCAACUUCCUGUUCCUUGUGGGUCAGGAUGAUCACAACUGGAAGAGCGAGUUCUAUGCAAAUGAGGCCUCUAAGCGCCUGGAGGCCCAUGGGAAGGCAAAGCCCCAGAUCAUUCUUUACCCUGAGGCAGGGCACAACAUUGAUCCCCCUUACUUCCCCUUGUGUAAAUAUUCCCUGAAUCGCCACCUGGGGGGUUUCCUCUGGGGGGGAGAACCCAAGGCUCAUGCAGUGGCCCAAGUGGAUGCUUGGAAGCAAAUUCAGACUUUCUUCCACAGACACUUGGGUGGUACAGAGGGCACAAUUCCAGCAAAACUGUAAUUGUUAUUUGACUAAGUGACACGUCCAAUGUUGAUCUCUCCUGGGAAUAGCUACUGCUA